AUGGUAGAACCACCUGCUGCUCUCUUAAGUCUUUUAGAUAAUGAUAAACUAAGCAUGAUAUUUCUUUGUUUGGGUGCUUCUUCUUCUUCUUCUUCUCUCCAUCAAAAUUGGAGCUUUUUCAGACCAAGUAUGAAGAAGUCUAAGAAGAACCUGCCUAUCUUUCCUGUAAUCUUUUCUUUCUACUUCUUUUUCUUCUUCUUUUUUUCUGGAAUCUGGAAGAUUAUAUAUUUAUCUGAUGGGUUGAAUCAGGUAGCAAGGUUGUUUGGUCCAGCUAUAUUCGAGGCAUCAAAGCUCAAGGUUUUGUUUUUAGGAGUUGAUGAGAAAAAGCACCCAGGGAAGCUCCCCAGAACUUACACACUUACACAUAGUGAUUUAACAUCAAAACUUACCUUAGCAAUCUCACAGACAAUUAACAACUCUCAGUUGCAGGGAUGGAGCAACAAAUUUUACAGAGAUGAAGUGGUGGCGGAAUGGAAGAAAGUGAAGGGAAAGAUGUCUUUGCACGUCCAUUGUCACAUAAGCGGAGGCCAUUUCCUCUUAGACUGGUGUGCUAGACUUCGAUACUUAAUCUUCUACAAAGAACUACCCGUGGUACUGAAGGCGUUUGUUCAUGGAGAUGGGAAUUUGUUGAAAAACUUUCCGGAAUUGCAGGAGGCAUUGGUGUGGGUUUAUUUUCACUCCAACAUUCCAGAAUUCAACAAAGUAGAGUGCUGGGGCCCGCUGGUGGAAGCUGGGACAGAAGAUAGAUUGGGAAGCAACUGGGAAUUGGUUCAGCCAUGCCAGGACGAUUGUGAGUGUUGCUUUCCACCGAUGAGCUCCAUCACAUGGCCACAAGAGGUUCCCCGGCAGAAUGAAAAACAUGGGUGGCCUCAGCCUCUACCAAGUCUGGAAAACAUCGAAUGAAUUGGCAUUUAAUUACACAUAUCAGUGAUUGGUGACCGACCAUUCAUGGUAAUUUGUACUGGUUUUGUGAAUAAAAACAAAAGACAGAGUCUAAUUUCUUAAAGCCA